AUGGAGCCUUCAAGUUCUGACACGGGCUUUUUCCAGGAGCUGCCAGAGCUGCGAAACCAGUUCUUCGAUGACGUCAGCUUUCAGAGGGUUCUGAAGUUGCUCGUGCCGGCAGAUCUGCGACAGCAGGUAGAACCAGAGCUGGCUCAACUCGGCGCUGACGUUCUUGAGCCACGCAUCUUCGACUACAUCACCGAUGCCGAACGAAACCUGCCGUACCUUCGUGGCGGAGGCCAUAAUGCGUUUGGCCGACCCAUGAGCGAACUGGUCACGGGUGAGGGCUGGCGAAGCCUGCAGGCAUUUGGCAUAGAGAAAGGGAUCGUUGCGUACAAUUACACCACCGACUAUGGUGCCCACUCUCGGCUGCUGCAGAUGAUGCGCUUUCAUCUCUGGGAGGCAUCAGCUGCCAGCACCACGUGUCCCGGAGCCAUGACCGACGGUGCUGCCCGCCUGCUCCAGCGCCAUUUGACGGCUAAGCCGGACCGGCUGGAGCCUGUCGAGAGGCGUGUCUUCCAAGCCGCCUUCGAGCGCCUCACCUCGCUCAACCCGGCUGGCGCCUGGACCAGUGGCCAGUGGAUGACGGAGCGGCCUGGCGGCUCUGACGUGUCGCAGACCGAAACGGUGGCAACGUAUGUGGGCGCAACAGCCGGCGGAGAUGACGAUGUGGAUGCCAACGGGGACCCGCUGGGCCCCUGGGCCAUUGACGGCUUCAAGUGGUUCUCGUCUGCGACCGACGCCGGCAUGGCCAUCCUGCUGGCCCGCACACACUCGUCCAAGGGCCUGUCGGCCUUCUUCGCGCCCAUGCGGCGCCGACGAAGAGCCUCCUCACCGGCCACAGCCAUGGCUGGCCCCAACAACACGGAACUCAACGGUGUGCGCAUACAGAGGCUCAAGGACAAGUUUGGCACACGGCCGGUACCGACAGCUGAGUUGGAGCUGCGCGGCACGCGCGCUUGGCUGAUCGGUCGCGAGGGUGACGGCAUCCGCGAGAUCGCAACUAUGCUGGCUAUCACACGCGUCCACUGCUCUGUUGCAUGUCUGGGUCUGGCUGGCCGUGCCUUGGGUGUCGCCAAGGCCUAUGCCCUGGUGCGUCAUGUUAGCGGUGGUCCUGGCGGCCGCUCGCGCAUGCCGUUGUAUAAGAGCCCGCUGCACAUGCGAACGCUGGCCGAUCUCACGGGCGAGUAUCAUGGCAUGAUGCUGCUGACAAUGUACACAGCGUACAUUAUGGGCUCCCUGCACAAGGCAUACUGCUGCAAGCAAGCCGUCCCACUGCUUCAUGGCGCCUGCAUGGAGGCACUGGGUGGUGUCGGUUACCUGCUCAACCACGAGACUGAACCGCUCAACCUUGCCCGCCUCUUCCGCGAUGGCUGCGUCAACGCCAUCUGGGAGGGUACCACUGACGUUCUUAGCACCGAUCUUCUGCGCACUUUGACCAGUUCAGCCGUUGGGCCUGCCAGCUUGAAUGCGCUGGACUGGCUGGUCACGAUCACUGUGUCCUCCGACUCCAACGCCGUCAGACAAAGCUGGACGGACCUGCGCCUCCGCAUCGAAGCUGCCAGCCGCGACGGAGCCGCUCGUGAGAGUCUCCUCGCCGAUGCACGCAACGUCCUCUUUUCCGCUGCCGAUAUCCUCAUCGCCGGACUGUUGCUGGUCGAUGCCCGCAGUGAUAGCGCACCGGAGGCUGCAGCUAUGUCCCGCCGGUUCCUCGCAAAGAAGGGCUUUGUAGAGCAACGUGCCAAUUUGACCGCUCAGGAAGGCUUUGCCACAGACGUUACUGUCGUCUAUGGGCAAACGGGCCCGGAAGCACGACUGGAUGCCUCGGCCAAACUGUAA